UGUGGCCCAGGCUGCCGGAGCGGACAUCUAUCAUCUGGAGACACCCGGCACGGCUGUGUUUGGGACGUGCGCUUCCUUUCCUUGGAUUUUUCUUUUCAAAAGACAUCAUUUCUUUAAAACAACCCGAGGAGUCCCGGGAGUUCACGCGCAAACGAGAGCCCUCAGAGUGGUGCGAUGGAGGAUGGGAAGCCGGUGUGGGCGCCCCACCCAGCGGACGGGUUCCAGCUGGGAACCAUCGUGGACAUCGGCGCUGACAGCCUCACCAUCGAACCUCUCAAACAGAAGGGAAAGACAUUUUUGGCCGCCAUCAACCAAGUCUUCCCUGCAGAGGAUGACAUCAACAAACAUGUGGAAGACAACUGUUCUUUGAUGUACUUGAAUGAAGCCACUCUGCUCAACAACGUCCGAGUGAGAUACAGCAAAGACAAAAUUUAUACGUUUGUAGCCAACAUCCUGAUCGCAGUGAACCCGUACUUUGACAUCCCAAAGCUUUACUCGGCGGAUACCAUCAAGCAGUACCGGGGCCGGUCUCUGGGCACGCUGCCGCCGCACGUCUACGCCAUCGCUGAUAAGGCGUACAGGGACAUGAAGGUCCUGAAGAUGAGCCAGUCCAUCAUCGUCUCAGGGGAGUCCGGCGCCGGAAAGACCGAAAACACCAAGUUUGUGCUCAGAUACUUGACGACCUCGUAUGGAACAGGCCAGGACAUCGACGAGCGAAUCGUGGAGGCGAACCCGCUGCUGGAGGCGUUCGGAAACGCGAAAACCGUCCGGAACAACAACAGCAGUCGCUUCGGAAAGUUUGUGGAGAUCCACUUCAACGAGAAGAAUGCCGUCGUGGGCGGCUUUGUGUCGCACUACCUGCUGGAGAAGUCGAGGAUCUGCAGACAGAGCCCCGAGGAGAGAAACUACCACAUCUUCUACCGACUGUGUGCCGGAGCCCCCGAGGACAUCAGGCAGAAGUUCCACCUCAGCUCCCCGGACACAUUCAGGUACCUGAACAGAGGAUGCACUCGGUUCUUUGCUUCCAAAGAUACAGACAAAAAGAUCCUGCAGAACCGCAAGAGCCCAGAGCACAUGAAGUCGGGCCCUCUGAAGGACCCUCUGCUGGACGACCACGGCGACUUCAACAGGAUGUGCGUGGCCAUGAAGAAGAUCGGCCUGGACGACACGGAGAAGCUGGACCUGUUCAGGGUGGUGGCCGGCGUGCUGCACCUCGGCAACAUCGACUUCGAGGAGGCUGGGAGCACGUCAGGUGGCUGCACCAUCAAGAACCAGUCGAGUCAGACGCUGGAGCACUGUGCCGAGCUGCUGGGCCUGGAGGAGGAGGACCUGAGGGUCAGCCUCACCACCAGGGUCAUGCUCACAACAGCAGGGGGCGCCAAAGGAACAGUCAUCAAAGUGCCACUCAAAGUGGAGCAGGCUAACAACGCUCGGGACGCCCUGGGGAAGGCCGUGUACAGCCGCCUGUUCGACCACGUGGUGACCAGGGUCAACCAGUGCUUCCCCUUUGACUCCUCCUCCAACUUCAUUGGCGUCCUGGACAUCGCUGGCUUUGAGUACUUCGAACACAACAGCUUCGAGCAGUUCUGCAUCAACUACUGUAACGAGAAACUGCAGCAGUUCUUCAAUGAACGCAUCCUGAAGGAGGAGCAAGAACUGUACCAGAGGGAGGGGCUCGGCGUCAACGAGGUUCACUAUGUCGACAAUCAGGACUGCAUAGACCUGGUGGAGGCGAAGCUGGUCGGCAUCCUGGACAUCCUGGACGAAGAGAACCGACUACCUCAACCCAGCGACCAGCACUUUACGGACACCGUUCACAACAAACACAAGGACCACUUCCGCCUCACUGUACCCAGGAAGUCUAAGCUGGCCGUCCACAGGAAUGUUAGGGAUGAUGAAGGAUUUAUUAUCAGACACUUUGCAGGAGCCGUGUGCUACGAGACGACUAAGUUUGUGGAGAAGAACAACGAUGCCCUGCACAUGUCUCUGGAGUGUCUGGUCAGUGAGUCCAAGGAUCGCUUCGUCCGCGAACUCUUUGAAAACUCCAACAACAGCAAAGACGUGAAGCAGAAGGCGGGAAAACUCAGCUUCAUCAGCGUCGGCAACAAGUUUAAGACGCAGCUGAAUAUUCUUCUGGAGAAGCUCCGCAGCACGGGCUCCAGCUUCAUCCGCUGCAUUAAGCCAAACUUGAAGAUGGUUAGCCACCAGUUUGAAGGAGCUCAGAUUCUCUCCCAGCUGCAGUGCUCCGGUAUGGUGUCAGUGCUGGACCUGAUGCAGGGCGGCUUCCCCUCCAGGGCUCCCUUCCACGAGCUGUACAACAUGUACCAGAAGUACAUGCCUCCAAAACUCACCCGUCUCGACCCUCGGCUCUUCUGCAAGGCUUUAUUCAAAGCUCUGGGACUGGAUGAGAAUGACUACAAGUUUGGCCUGACCAGAGUGUUUUUCAGGCCAGGGAAGUUUGCAGAGUUCGACCAGAUCAUGAAGUCGGACCCGGACCACCUGGCAGAGCUGGUGAAGAAGGUGAACAAGUGGCUCAUCCAGAGCCGCUGGAAGAAGGUCCAGUGGUGCGCUCUGUCCGUCAUCAAACUGAAGAACAAGAUUUUGUACCGGACCAGCGCCUGCAUCAAGAUGCAAAAGACGGUCCGGAUGUGGCUCUGCAGGAAGAAGCACAAGCCUCGGAUCGACGGGUUAGUCAAGGUGCGAAGCCUAAAGACGAGGAUGGGCCGCUUCAACGAGGUGGUGGCUGGGCUGAAGGAGGGCAAGCAGGAGAUGAGCAAGCAAGUCCAUGAUCUGGAGGCCGCCAUUGAUUCCCUGAUGGUCAAAAUCAAGAACACCAACAUGAAGCGGCUCGAUAUCGACCACGAGUACCAGGCCCUGGUGGUCCGGUCGGAGCAGCUGCUGACCUCCAUGCAGAACAAGAAAAAGGAGGAGGAGGAGCGCGAGCGGCUGCGACGCAUCCAGGAGGACAUGGAGAGGGAGAAGAAGAGGAGGGAGGAGGAGGAGCAACGACGCAAGCAGGAGGAGGAGGACAGGCGACUGAAAGCAGAGAUGGAGCUGAAGAGGAAGCAGGAAGAGGAGGAGAGGAAGAGGAGAGAGGAGGAGGAGAAGAGGAUUCAGGAGGAGAUGGAGCUGCAGCUGCUGGCGGAGCGGGAGGAGGAGGCUGCUCGGCAGGCCGUCCUGGAGCAGGAGAGGAGGGACCGGGAGCUGGCGCUGAGGAUCGCUCAGAGCGAGGCCGAGCUCAUCCCCGAGGAGACGCUGACCGACUCGGGCCUGCGCAGUAACGGCUCCUCAGUUCCAUCGUCCCCAGAGAGAGCAGCAGGUCCACAGGUCCAAGCCUCCAAGGCCGCUGCCGGGGCCAAGAAGUACGAGCUGAGCAAGUGGAAGUACGCUGAGCUGCGGGACGCCAUCAAUACCUCAUGUGACAUCGAGCUGCUGGCCGCCUGCAGAGAGGAGUUCCACCGCCGGCUCAAAGUUUACCACGCCUGGAAGUCAAAGAACAAGAAAAGAAACACGGAGACGGACCAGCGGGCGCCGAAAUCCGUCACAGACUACGAUCAUGCACCUCCUGUGAAAAAAGCAUCCCAGCAGAACCCAGCCCCGCCCAUCCCGGCCCGGCAGUACGAGGUGGCCAUGAACCGGCAACAGCGCUACUUCCGAAUCCCGUUUAUCCGGCCGGGCGACCAGUACAAAGACCCCCAGAACAAGAAGAAGGGCUGGUGGUACGCUCACUUCGACGGGCCCUGGAUCGCCAGGCAGAUGGAGCUGCAUCCAGAUAAACACCCCAUCCUGCUGGUGGCAGGAAAGGACGACAUGGAGAUGUGCGAGCUGAGCCUGGAGGAGACGGGCCUGUCGAGGAAGCGGGGAGCCGAGAUCCUCCCGCGGCAGUUCGAGGAGAUCUGGGAGCGCUGCGGCGGGAUCCAGUACCUCCGCAGCGCCAUCGAGAGCCGGCAGGCGCGACCCACCUACGCCACGGCCAUGCUGCAGAGCAAGUUCAACUGACGGAGCCCGGGGCUUCUCACUGCAAACAAAGGGACAAACGCACCAGCUACCUAACCGAUGGCGUCUGAGCGUACCGCACCUGGUUCUGACCGGCGUUCACGUGAACAGCGAUUCUUCUCAACUGUCCUUUUGUUUUUCUCCUGGUGUCGUCUUUUUUU